ACAAGACCAAACAUACCAUAGGAAAAGACCAGAGCCUAAAAAGAAUGAGAAAGCAACUGUUGUUACCCUUUCUUUCCCUGGUGCUCUUCUUCCUUUGCACCAAAAGUUUUGCUCAAGUAGCCCCGGCUCCGCCAAUACGCACGGAUAAUAUCACUUCAAUCCUUGAAAAGGGUGGCCAAUUCACCACUUUCAUUAGGCUGCUGAAAGCCACCCAGGUAGCUGAUCAACUAAACAACCAGCUGAGCACCCCUGAUCCCAAUGAUGGGUUAACAAUAUUUGCACCAAGUGACAAUGCAUUUAGUAGCCUCAACCCUGGAACACUAAAUACCCUUUCGGAUCGAGAAAAACUCCAGCUGGUGCAAUUUCACAUCCUCCCUACAUUGAUGUCCACCACACAGUUCCAAACAGCCAGCAAUCCAUUGCGUACGCAAGCAGGUGAUGUGAAGAGCGGCAGGUUCCCACUUAAUGUCACUGCUUCAGGGAAUCAAGUGAAUAUAACGACUGGUGUGGUCAAUACAACAGUGGCUAACACUGUAUUCUCUGAUCGCCGGAUCGCAGUUUAUCAAGUGGAUCAGGUGCUCCUUCCAUUGCAAAUUUUCGGAACAACGCCAGCACCAGCUCCUGCACCAGCUAAGCCGGAGAAGCAUGUUCCAGUUUCAACUCCAAAAGCGUCCACUGGUGAUGCUGGCGCUAAUUCAUCUGGCGCAAUAAGGAACCUGAAACUCCAUCCCAUGGCAAUGGUUUCUUUCCGAUUUGCACUUUUCGGGGCAAUUUUUUGCAGCCUUUGAGUUUUUGUAUUGGCAUGGGAUGCAUGUGUUGUUGUUUGUAAUUGCUGUAUCAUUUCAUCCGAUUAAAUCUUGAUUCUUUGUAUAAUCCUUCUUUCUUUCUGUGUCAAUAUUGAAACUGCUAUGAAUAAUAUUGGGCAGAGACGAGACCAAUAUUUUGUGCCAA